AUGGUAAUUGCCACCCCACCAUUUCCCAACCGUCCCCAGACCGAUUUGUUCACGGGUUGGGAAAGCGUGAAGUUAAUAUAUUAUCAGGUGUCCAACUAUGAUUAUUUUGACCAUUAUCUCUGUCGCGCACUGCAGAUGAUUGAGUCCGCCCGCCAGAUAAAUGUGAAAAGAGAGCGGAUUUACCAGCAGGAGCAGUGCACGAUUUGCAGGAGGGAUAAAAGGAACUUAUAUCGGACUAUACCAGGGCCAUUAAAAACCAAGAGGAGAUGA